AUGAGAGAUGUUGUCAAGCUGGAAGAGGUGCAGCGAAGAUUUCUGAAGAUGUUGCCAGGACUAGAGGGUCUGAUCUAUAAUUGCAGAGGGUUCAAGGCCCCGACCAUGGAAAACUUGGCUUUGCGGGGAACGCCAACACAAUCCGGCACGCAUGGAGGAGGAAAAGCUAGCAAUGCCAUUGACGGCCACAAUAGCUGGAACGCGGAAGGGGGGUUCUGUACCCACACAGGUAACAGUGCUAAUCCGUGGUGGAGGAUUGAUCUGGGCGGAAACAAUGUCAUAUCUUCAGUGAGAAUCAGCAACAGGUUGGACUGCUGCCAGCAAAGGAUCCUGGGAGCAGAGGUCCGCAUUGGGAACUCGCUGGAGGAUGACGGGAACUCCAACAGACUGUGAGUAUUACGCGGCAACACUGGCUUCAUUUCCUCUUUGCCCACUGGUCUUGUGGCGAUUCCAUGCCCGGUU